UGUUGUUGGGCGGUCUGCCUUAAUGAGCUCAAGUGUUGAACAGUGUGGUGAUGUGCUGGCACUGGCACCGUCACCAGUAGUUGCAACAUGGCACUGCUAGGGAAGAGUGUAGUCAGUAGAUUUUUGAAGUGGACGGCCUCACGGGCGUUCCAGCUACGCCCACUAUCACUGUCACCAUGUCGAGCGUCAGCAGCACAACUGGACCUUGGAGGAGUGUAUCCACCCAUGCCAACACCCUUCAACCAGGACGAGACAAUAGCUUAUGACAAGUUAGCCUUCAAUGUUGAUUUGUGGAGCAAGAUUCCAUUUAGAGGCUUGGUAGUGGAGGGGAGUAAUGGAGAAUAUGUGUACCUCACCUCUGAAGAGCGGGUUGACCUGGUGAAGCGCGUCCGAGAGUUUCUCCCUCAUGAUUCAGGGAAGCUGGUAUUGGCAGGCUCAGGAUGUGAAUCAACACGAGACACAAUCAACAUGUCUCAAAAGAUGGCUGAUGCUGGUGCUGAUGCAGUUAUGGUGGUCACUCCAAGCUACUAUAAAGGAGCCAUGAAGGACAAGGCACUCCACGCGCACUUUACUGCUGUAGCUGACAACUGCCCUGUUCCUCUCAUUCUCUACAGUGUUCCUGCUUUUACAGUGAUUGACUUAAGCCUUGAUGUGAUAAUUGAUCUUGCUAAGCAUCCAAACAUCAUUGGUAUAAAGGAGAGUGGUGGAGAUAUCACAAAAAUUGGUAGUAUAAUACAUCAGACAAAGGGUACAGAUUUCCAAUUGAUUGCUGGAUCUGCUAGCUUCCUUCUAGCAUCACUACAACUAGGUGGUGUUGGUGGAGUGUGUGCUCUAGCAAAUGUUCUUGGUGAGGCUGUGUGUCAGCUGCACAAACUUACAGUUGAGGGUGACAUUGAAGCUGCUGUUCAGCUGCAAAAACAACUUAUUGCUCCAAAUUCAGCAGUUACCAAGACAUUUGGUAUCUCAGGAUUGAAGAAAGUCAUGGAUUGGAAAGGAUUUUACGGAGGCCCCACGCGUGCUCCCCUACAGUCUCUACCUGACCAAGAAGUUGCUAAGCUUCAUAAAGUUUUUGUAGACUCUGGUUACCUUUAAGCAGUGCCUUUGUUUGAUCAGUGUUUGUUAAUUCUAAUACUCCUGAUUUGGUGUUUUUUCUUGCUUGUGACAAAAUUGACUAGCAUGUGAUACCUGGAUAUCUUGGGCCCUUGGUGUGCAGUGGGAAUACCACUGCAGAUUAUGUAUGAGGUGCCAAAUGCGACAAGGGACCAAGCGCCAAAAAUUACAAUUGAAAAAAAACGUUCUUAAAGUUGUGAAAAUGAAAAAUUACUUAAAUUUUGAACCAAUGAAGAUACCGAGUUCAUUCAAGUGGCAGUGUAUAGAGCUCUUAAAGCUGGUUUCACAGAUAUUAAAGUCAUAUUAAUUGAAAAAAAUUUACAGCAAAAAUUUCAUUGUUUUUGAUGUUUGCGGUUUGAUUAAUAUGCAUUGUUGAAGUAUAAUUGUCAUUACAUGGAAGCAAUAAUGUAUUAAGUCCACACCAGAAAGUCAAAGGUCAUUGUACUGUUUGCAUAAAAGCGAACAAUACCAAGUAUUACCAAUAUUUCAACCAGGGGCCAAGCACCAAAAAGUAUAAAAAAAAAAAAAAAUGAGGUAUGUACUAAGUUUUAGUUAUUAUUAGAAAAAUUGCAGUAAACAAUGACUUGUACUUCCACCCUCGCUCCCAGCCACCUCCUCCUCCUCCUCCCUCUGUUGGUGCGAUAAGACUCGUCACUCGGACAGGCUGGAACAUGACACGCCAUGUGCCACCAGCCCUCACACCCUCCUCGCUGUCCCUCCUCUCUGUUUUGUUUAUUUUUCUCUCAAUAGCCCUCCUUCCUUUCUUUCUGCCAGUUGGAAAAUAAAAAAAAGGUUCAAGUGACAUUUUUGUUGAAACAUGGACUCCCAUUAGCUAAGAAACCAGAAAAUAAUGAGUCGCUAUGAGCAAGAGAGGCUAUGAUUGGGGGCCCACGGGUGCUUGUCCCAGUCUCCCACUCAGUCUGCCUCGAGGCGUAGAUCACGUGCUGUAGAGACGCUUUUACCUACCUUCACUAAUGUGGCUCUCAGUUUUACAGAUAUUGUGCUGCUGGGACAGUUUGUUUUUCUGCAGAUAGAGGAAAGGUUGGGGAGUACAGAUAAUACUAUAAUUCAAUUUUGGGGGGAUGGCGCUUAGCCCUCUGUCGCACUCGGCACCACAUUGGUACAUUAACAAAGUGAAUGAAUGGCAAUGAAAUUAAAAUCUCUGUUACUCUUGAUUCAGACCACCCAGCAUUUGAUGGGAAAAAGGAUACGUUACAAGAAUAGAAUAAAAAUACCUAGAGAUUGAUACUGAGAUUGAAUGUUAAUUGUUGUAUCAUGAAAAAUAAAAUGCAAAACGAA